ACGUCGUCGUCAUGGGCAGCACAUACCAUCUUUGACGUCGACGCUGAUGCAUUACCUUUAAUUCCUCGAUGCUCUUCCCGCGAUAUCGCCGCUACCACUACGACCCGAGAGAUCACUCCGCCGCGGCGUCGCCGCUGCUAUCACUACGUUUGAGAGAUGACUCCAGCUACAGGCGGGCAACGGACCAGCUCAUGAAUGGGUCUGAGAUGUGAUGGUUUUAUGACCGCAAGAUGAGGGACAAUGUAAAGAUAGAAGGUGCCUGUACCCAAAGACCAAUACGGACUGGCAAUCUCGCCUUGUCCGUCCUUCUACCUACACGCCUCCGCCUUGACCCUGGACAUCGCACACGAAGAGUCCCCAUGCAUGGGAGCCAGGCUGCCCCAGAGGAUAUGAGAAAAAGAUAUAAGAUGAUCGAGAGAAAAAAAAUGAGUGAAUCGGCGUCUGAGAUGAUUGAGUGGUGGUUGCGCUCGCUCGUCUCGCGCAAUCUGCGACGAGUCGAUCAGCGCUUGCGCUUGCUGCGGGUGGAGGAGGAGGCGGCUGCCUUCCUCUUCCUGGUCGUCGUCGUCGAGGGGCCUGCCUCUGCAGAGGCCGCCUGCUGCUGGGGAGCAGGGGCUCGAGAGCCGGAGGCGAUGCGGCUGCUCCUCCUCACCGUCUGCUGCACCGCAGCGCUGUCUGUCUCUCCCGCCGUCUCCUUCGCCGUCUCUCCCUCUGUCCCUGCCUCCGUCCCUGCCUCCUCCUCCUCUUCCUCUUCCUCCUCCCCCUCGUCAUCUCCCUGCUCCCCGUCUGUCUGCUCCACCCCUCCUUCCUGCGUGUCCUCCGUCUCGGAGGCUUGGGUCUUGCUUCCUCUCUUUUUCCUCGUCAUGGUGACCGGCGGCAUGGCAGAGCGCAGGCCGAACACGCUCGCAGCACCUGCGGCGAGAUUCUGUAGCGGCGAUGCAGGGCCUUUGUUGCCCUGCUGCUUCUUCCAUUCACGAAGCGCCUUCUGGAAGCGGGCGUGCUGACAGGGACAGGCGCAAAGGGCAGAACGAGACUAUGGGGGAAAAAGAGCCUCCGCGCUCCACGGCUCCAGGGUAGUAGUACUCUCGGCAGGCCGGAUGAGAGGGAUGGAGAUGGGCCUGGCAUAGGCCCAACGCUGUCCGCGAGACUUGACGCAGGAAAUGUCGAGAAAGGAAGCUGCUGGGCGACGAGGCUGCUGCUGAUCACUGUUUGCUGCUCAUCCUUGGAUGGGUGUGACGCCCAGUGGAGUGCUGGACCAAGGGUGAGGCGGACGUGAAGUUGAGUCGAAAGAGGGAAGGCGCGGUGAGUGAGCAAGGAGCUCAAUGUGAAGGCAGGUAGACAGAAGAAGUGUAAAUCGAUGGGCAGACUCGGCCUCC